AUGAUGGGAUAAUUGAGGAUUUUAAAGAGAUAUGAAAAGUAUAUUUUAGAGAAUUAACUUUUAAAGAAGACUUUGAAAAUGAUAAAGUAAAAGAUAGAGUAUUUAUUUAUGAAGAUGGAAGGAAUUAUUUUCAAUAUAUAUUUGUAAUCAAAACAAUAUUCAUAAUGUAAUUAAAGUAAUUAAAAGGUUUAAUAUGUUGGAAAUUUCAAAGAGGAUACUUUUUAAAGGUAGGGAGUUCUGAUUUUAUUAGAAAAUAAAUAAAUAAAUAAGUAGAGUAUGAGUAUGGAAGAUGUUAGACAAAUUUACCAGAAUAUUUAAAGGGAUGUAUUUUUGUAUAUAGGAUAUAUAAAUAACUUUUAAUUUUUAAUCACUCUUAUUGAAAUGUAAUAACAAUCUGUUAUACAUGUAAUUAUUAUUAUCAAUUAAAUAUUCUUUUUAGAUUAUUAAUGA